UCUGACUGCGGAAUGCGGUUCAUUCAUUUCAGUUUACUGAAAGCACAUGAACAUAAACACAAGCCCUCCGCCGAAAGGCCCUUCCGCUGCUCUGAAUGCGGGGCGUGUUUUACUACAAAAGGUAAUUUUAAAUUUCACCAGCUGACGCACAACCGGGGAAAGAGACCUUACCGCUGCUCUGAGUGUGGGAACUGUUUCUCUCAUCCGGUGUAUCUGAAGAAUCACCAGAAAAGGCACAGUAAAGAGAAGUCUGUUGUCUGCGACCUGUGUGGAAAGACCUUCAACCAUCCUGAUGACUUCAGAAUUCACAUGAAGAUACACCGAGGAGUGAAACUGCACAACUGCUCCGACUGCGGCAGCAGCUUCAUAUUCCGCCGCCGUUUAAUAACACACCAACGUGUGCAUACUGGAGAGAUGCCUUAUGUCUGCAAUCACUGUGGGAGGAGGUUUUCGCUGUCUCGUACUCUGGUGAAUCACCAGCGAACGCACACGGGGGAAAAACCUUACCACUGUUCUUUCUGCGGGAAGAGCUUCAGUCGGUCACAAAACCUAGCUGCACACAAGAGAACUCAUACUGGAGAGAAGCCUCAUGCUUGUGAUCAAUGUGGGAAGAAGUUUUCCCGAACCGACGCGCUGGCUGUACACAAACGCACCCACACCGGAGAGAAGCCUUACAGCUGUGAUAUAUGCAGGGAGAGGUUCACCUAUUUAGUAGCCAUGUUGAAACAUAAGAAAGGACAUGGUCAUCUUGCAGGUGAUGUACUCUGUGCUGAACAGCCUUAGAAUGAUCGAAGCUCUAUGAAUAGACUUUAUUGUCCAUUGUUUAACUUUUAGACUAAAGGGAUUUGUCUUUUUGCUUACAAUCUACCCAUCUAGAGAGGGAGAGAGAGAGAGACACAAGCACACACGGUGGCAGGUAGCCUAGCGGUUAGAGCUUAGGGCCUGUAACCGAAAAGUCACUUGUUCUAAUCCUCGAGCCGACAAGGCAAAAAAUCUGUUGCUGUGCCAUUGAGCAAGGCACCUAACCCUAAUUGCUCCUGGGUCGCCGCUGAUCAUGGCUGACCCUGGCCGCGACUCCACUCUCCGAUGGCGUCUCAGGGGAAGUUGUGAUAUGCAAAAAACAAGUGACCAAUUCACACGUGUAUAUAAGACACACUUGUACAUGUGAAAUAAGGACAAUAUAAACACCAAAUUAUUAUUAUUAUUAUUGUUGCAGACACACACACAUGGGUUGGGAGCAGAGCUUUGUAUGAGAGUGGUUACUUAGGGUUACGUUUGCUCAGCCCCGUCCCACAGCUGCCAGUGGACUGAAACACAAAGCCAGGAUUGUGGCUUUAAACUGCCUGAAAUUACAGGGUUCUGUACAUACAUUCAGUAUCUGACAGGGAGACCUAACCUCUGCUCUUCUAGUACUGGGGUGGAGUUUCCCAUAGCUACAGAUCUAUAUAGGAUCAGCUUCUUCUCCACAAAUCCAAGCCUUAAAGCCCCUGUCAGUCUUUGUAAUUUUACACUAUGAGGUCGAAAUAACACUCUGAAAUUGUGAAAAUUAUGAUAAUGCCCAUUUUGUGUGAGUGCAUUUUAUUUAUUUAUCAAAAUGCGUUUUUGGGCAGAAAUGCCUUCUGGAACAUGUGAACUUUCAUGUGCCUUAAUAGCAAACUUGUAUUCCAUCCAUAAAUAUGAAUAAAAUUGUUAAAUUACUAGCCUAGUUGGUUUAACCACGGAAAAAGUCAGGAACCUUCCCGCUAGCCAUGAUUGUCUGAGAUAAUGGAUGGGCUGGACAUGCUGGGAGAUGAGUGUGGAUUGGUCUGCCAUGUAGCAUGCUUCUGUCUAUAACGUGAGAUGUUCAGUAUGUGUUGAUAGUCCUUUCUACCGUGCCGUUUUUGAAAGAUAUAACGUUAGCCAUCGAGGACUACAAAAGUUUUGCUACUUUUCUCAACAACAUUAAUGCCCUGAAUUUAGCAGGCGCUAUCGACAAAUCAGUUGGAAAAAGUGAUGGGCUACUUUCUGCACACGCCACGGUCAGUGUGAACCAGUGACUUGACACAACGCUGGCCAAACAAGAUGUAGUUACAAAUAAAAGGGAGUUAAUGGUUCCAGUCUGCCGUGAAGCGUUCAUCUAUAUAUACGGGUAAGAGUCUAGCUCCAUUUUCAGAUACAAGUUUCUAAUUUUGUCAGAAAGUCGCUUUAUUGCCAGUUAAAGGUUAGUUAGCUAGCGAACGAUAGCUUGCUGGCUCUCUAGCUAACGUUCCGUGUAUGAUCUGUGUCGUAACAUUAUUCGAAUCAGAAAACCAUUUGCAUUGCUAGGUAUAGCCUAAUGUUAGCUAGCUAACAUUGAACCUAGUUUGUGAGCUUUAGCUACCUGCCGAUUCAUACCACAGCUAGAUACAUGUCUGAACAAAAGACUCCACUUCAACCGGAUUAUUUAACGACACGUCAAAUUAGCCAGGUGUGUCUGGGGGAGAUUAUGGCCAUCUAUUGUAUUUCAUGAACAUGUGUACAUGUCUAGACAAUAGGGACCCAUCCACUUAGCUAGAUGUGGCUGGGGGAGUGGUUUAGCAUUUCUUUCACAUGACCCAUCAAUUUAGAUAAAUGUGUCGGGUAAGCGUCAUCUAACAAUUACAAAAUAUGUAAAAAAAAAUAUAUAUAUAUAUAUAUAUAUCUGGACACUUCCUGUUUUUGAUAUUGCUACUAUGCAAGUAACCAUUUCACUGUACCGUUUACACCUUCUGUAUGCUGUGCAUGUGACAAAUAAACUUUAAUUUGAUAUAGCGUGUGUUUAGGACAUGGCCCACUCAUCCUUUAUAAAGAGCACACAGUGCCACCUACAGAACAGAAACAGAUUAACUGACAAAAGCAUUUCCAACGAACUCCCCUCGGUUGAGUUAUAUACAGUUAUUUAAAAAAUAUGCAUAUAUAUUAAAACAUCUUGCAUAUCUUAAUUUAUUUCCACAAUUAACAAAUAAUAUGCAUAAUAAAGUUGGCAGUUCAUACGAAGGAUUGUUACCUAUAAUCUUUAGUGUAAGGGAACCAAUGUUAUUUUGUCUUAACUACGUCUGUUGAUUUGUAAUUGUGUGUUAUGCUAAUCUGAUGGUAGUGCAAGUGAUGUGCAAUGUGAUGGUUGAUGCUGCCUCUCUCAUUGCUACAGUAAUAUUGGUUUACACCUCAAAUGUUGCAUUGAUAUCGACUGUUUGCAGAUAUGACCUGUAUUUACUGUUUGUCUGAUGUUCUCAUUCAUUAACAAAGAACUUCAGUUCGUUUCAGAAUGGGUGGCGAGGAAUAAGUUAGUCCUAAAUAUUUCAAAAACUAAAAGCAAUGUAUUUUGGACAAAUCAUUCACUAUACCCUAAACCUCAACUAAGUCUUGUAAUAAAUAAAUGUGGAAAUUGAGCAAGUU